GCCUUCUCUUACUACCUGCAGGAGGGAAACUCACGCGUGGACUACGCAUGCCGCGUCCGGCAGUGCGACGAGGCCAAGGAGGGCGACGAGCCCACCGUGCUGGGCAUCUCCAUUAUCAACGAGCACGCUCUCAUGGCCUACAUGGGCGACCCCAGCAACUGCGCGGCACCCUGGGCCCGCGAGGGCCGAGUAUGUAUAGCUUUCAAGAAGGCCACCGCGGACGCGGAGAGGCUCCUACUCGAGGCCCAGCUGAAGGAGCGCCCAUCUGUUCUCAGCGCCAAGGCGGCCAGGGUCUUGAGUAGACAAGGGGUCGACCUGGCGCGCUUGCUACGUUGCCGCUUCGCGCUGACCUGGGAGUGGGAUGAGCGUGGCAACGCUCCCUUGGGCAUGGUCCGCCUGGUCGUGCUCGGCCUCGGUAGCCCCGACUUGCCCCACCUGCGGACGGAGUCUCCUGUCGCCUCGCGACGGGCGCGUCAGUUUCUGCUGACCAUGGCAGCUAGACAGAAGUGGGCGCUUGGGAAGGCCUUCGGCAUGAGCGACGACCAGGUCAUGCAGUUCCUCAGGCCGAUGUGCGGCUCUUUAGAUGCCCCUCGUAAAUGGUGGUUUCACUUCGAGGGCGCGCGCAGGAAGCUCGAGCUGGAAGCUGUUCAGUGCGAGCCCUGUGUCUGGGCCAUCCGCGACGGCGUCAAGCUGGUUGGCGUGGUGACCCCGCGCGCCGACGACAUGCUGAACGCUGGCGACCACGCGAGCCCGGCCUUCCUCAAGAAGCGUACCGACAGCCAGAAGUCUCGCGAAUGGACGCCCUUGGAGAACCGAGCUUUCGUCCUGUGUGGCACCAGUAUCAUACAUAAUGACGAUGUCACUUGCAGCCUCGUUCAGGACAACUACAGUCUGAACGUGGAGCCCAUCAAGCAAUCGGCCCCGUGGCUCAGCGCGGAAGCAUCUUUGCUCCAAGCCGGGAUUCCGACGGCCACGAUCCCGACCAUGCAGAAGAUUAACGAGCUCACCCGCGCCAUGAACGACGUUGCCGAUGUGGUCAUGCUCAUCCCAGCGAUCGACCAGAUCGCCGUGGUUGGCUGGGGCGACGCGGCCCAGGCAGCCAGGGCCACCGGCGAGUCCCAAGGCGGGGAGAUUGUAGCGUUGGCCCCGCUGUAA